CGCUCUCACAGCUGGCCGUGCGCGCGGAAUCCGGAUGUGAUGAAAACCGUUUCGCUUCGACUUUUCUUCUUCACGAGACCGUCUUCAAAACUGUGCAGCUAACUGGAAAUGCUUUAUUCCAACUAGAUUUUCUGAUAUCCUGAACUUAUCAGUGGAAGCUUUUAAGGGGACGAGAUUUAUUUGGGCGGAGGAUGAUUACCAGGAGGUGCUCCUGAAAUGAAGCAGUGGAGUUUGUACAUGUUUGAAAGGCUCGACGGCUGAUACGAAAGGGUUGCAGUGUGUUUGUUUCGGGUGUGUACAGUAUCUCAACAAGAGGUCUGGCUCAUGUCCGCGGAGACAGUGUUACCUCCGGAGGGGCCUGUAGGUCCGGACAAGCAACAGCACGAGACGAGUCUGCUGCUGGCGAGCUCCCAAGACACAUGCCAAACCGAUGCUAAAGGAUUGCCUGAUACUACAGAGAAGAGCACGACUCCGUCUUCCAGAGACCGCUGUGUUGAUGUGCAGGAGGGCAUGAACAGGGAGAGUCCCACCCAUGGUGACCCUAUAAGAACCCAGCCCCAGCCUCAGCCCCAGCCCAGUGAUGGAGAGGCCACACCACUGCACAAUGGCCUCCACCCAGGCAUGAGCAAUGGCCAUAGGACUCCCCCAAGAGCCACACAGCCUGCAGCCUCUUCUGCUUCCUUCUCUGAGACGAGGAAACCGCCACCCCCUGUUUCUCAGCGUGUGCAGAAAAAGCUUCGCUCCAGCCUGUCCGUCAACAGCGACAGCAGCAGGAGGAGCAAAGGCAGUUCCACGGGCUCCCACAAACCUGGCUCCUCUCCAGAGGACUGUUGUGUGCACUGCAUCCUAGCCUGCCUGUUCUGCGAGUUCCUUACUCUGUGCAACAUGGUGGUGGCUCAGGCAUCAUGUGGCGCCUGCACAUCAGAGGCUUGCUGCUGCUGCUGCUGUGCAGACGACCUGGGAGACGACUGCAACUGCCCCUGUGAUAUGGACUGUGGCAUUAUGGAUGCCUGCUGCGAGUCCUCCGACUGUCUGGAGAUCUGCAUGGAGUGCUGUGGCAUCUGCUUUCCCACAUAAAAGCCCUGCUUGGCAGUAGGUAGCACAAGGAGACAGAGACAUUCCUGUGUGUGAAAGAACACGUGUGUGUGUGUGUGCCUGAAUAUAUGUAUUGUGUUUUUGAAAGUAUGCCGGUGUGUGUGCACACUCUCAAGUGAAACAUACAAGACUGGCCUCCAUCUAGCUGAGCAAGCAGAUGCUUUAUCAGUUUAAACAGAUUAUAAAUGUUCUGUAUUAUUUGUCUAAAGGUUAUGACCGUCAGUUACAUCUUUAUCUCUAACUAAGACAUACUUAUUUUUGCUCCAGAAUUGUUUGCACCUUCAAGAGCAUGGGCAAAUCUUACUUUCUAAGAUAAACAUUACACCCAGUGUUUGGAGAAACUACUUACAUUUUACUCAAACACUAAGUAAUAAUUAUAUUACUUAGAUAUCUUGCUACAGAAAUGUCCUUUGACCAAGUCUAUUUUUUAUGAAAAUGAGGUUGUACACAUGUAAUUUUUUUUCGAAAGCUUAGCAAACAUACAACACUGUACUUAUUAAAAAGAAAGUUACACAUAUUUCAGUGCAGGAUCUGGAGGUGUGAUUGAGAUUAUUACUUGAAGAGUCAUGUGUUUUACACAGAUGUUUGGUGAAGAAAAAUACGAAACUGUAUACGAGGAAAAGAAAACAAGCCCACAGUAAAAUAUGUUAUGAACAUUUGAUGGAUUCAUGACUUUCACUAAGCACUAGGAUAUUAAAGUCUAAAUCCUGCUUGUUGAUUGGCCCUAGAUGGAUCUCUUAGCAAGAUCAUGAUCCUAAAUAUACAUCCAGUUUAGCACUGAAGUGCAUUGCAAUGGCAGGUCGAUUGUCCACAUUGAAAGUCUUUUGUCUGAAUUGGAAAGGGAAGUCCACAUGCACAAACCUGGAAAUACAAAGGAGCUUGAGAAGACGUUCUAAGAUCCCUUCAUGAGUCUACAACUACUUCCCUGUAGUAGUUUUUCCAAAAAUUAUUUGUUAUUUUAUACCAAAUAAUUACUAGUUAUUAAAUCUGAACAGAAUUUCCUUGUGUAGACAUAAAAUCCCAUUCAUUUCAGGUGUCAUUCUAAAUAUAUUUAUUUUUGCUCAUGUUCAUGAAGCAUGUCAAUAAUUAUGGAGAUGUCCUUUAUUUUGACAAGGUCUAUCAAUGGUGUUUCGUGUCUUACUCAGUUUAACUCAGUUUAGACCAUGAUUUUGUAUUUCAUGUGUUACUCUAGAUUACAUUAGAGUAGGCUUCUAACUACUAUGCUCUAAAUCAACACUGUAAUUUCCACAGAUUCACGCCUCUUUCAUACGGCAGAGGUCAAGGCUCUGUGCACGUUUCAUGGGUAUUUUAUUUUUUUUCUGUUUGGAAAGCUUUCUUAAAGCAUUGUCUACUGUAUCUUGAUUCAUUACAGGUCCAUAAUUUUGAGUGUGAUGGGAGGAUAUAAUAAGCAAUAACGAAUGAUGAUUCAAUGAUAAAAGGAAAUAAUGUAGACAGUCCUUUGUUUCAGCUUAACUUAACAUCACCGAAUCCCAUUCCUCCUCAUUUUCUCCUUGUCUUGAUGUUCAUCACAACCCGAAACUUUCUUUUUUAACCUCUGUUAAUGUAAAAAGCAUAGUAGAUUCUUGUCUUAAAUACUGGACAUAUUAUUCUAUACAUUCCUGAACCAGCAUUUAUAAAGUUGGUUGUACUUGUCAUGAAAUUGAUUUCAUAUGGACAGUUACAUUUGGCCCUUAUUCAUUAACGUUGCUUACAGUCAAAUAUGAUUUGGUCUUCGGUGUCUCAGUACGAUCAGACGCUCAUCUCGUCACGGUGUGUGGAAGAAAUGUGAGCGUUUCAUUUUACCAAUGUUUGAUUUGCAUCUACAUUAUCAUCAAUAAUUAUAACAAAUAUAGUAAAUAGAAUAGUAAAAACAGUAAAAAAAAAAAAACAAACAAAAAAA